CGUUGCUCUCUACACCGCCGCGCCCCUGACCCGGAAGAGCAUUCUCCCUAGCAACUGCGGGACCGCCGCGGCGCCAGCCUCCCGGGAGCAACGCUAGUGACAUCUGAGCUCCUCAAGGCAGGAAGAACUCUGAGCUGAGCCGUGGAGGCCCCCCUGGAUUUGGAGAGAAGAGGCGACCUUGGAACCAGUAAUGAGCCACCCUGACUGCAGGCUGAACCUCCGGCCCCUGGGGACCCCCAGAGGUGUGUCCUCUGUGGUUGGCCCACAUGGUGUUGGUGCUUCGCCAGGUGACAAAAAGUCAAAGAACAAGUCCAUACGAGGGAAGAAAAAGAGCAUAUUUGAAACCUACAUGUCCAAGGAGGAUAUCUCAGAAGGCUUGAAGAGAGGAACACUUAUCCAGGGUGUAUUGAGAAUUAAUCCAAAGAAGUUUCAUGAAGCCUUCAUUCCUUCCCCGGAUGGUGAUCGAGACAUUUUUAUCGAUGGGGUUGUUGCUCGUAAUAGAGCCUUGAAUGGGGAUCUGGUGGUCGUGAGGCUGCUUCCAGAGGAGCAGUGGAAGGUAAUUAAACCAGAGAGCAAUGACAAAGAAACAGAAGGUGCCUAUGAAUUAGAUCUCCCUGAGGAGCUCUGUGGAAGCCAUCUCCCGCAGCAGUCUGUGAAAGGCUAUAAUGACAGUCCUGAUGUCAUUAUAGAGGCUCAGUUUGAUGACAGCGACUCAGAAGAUGGACAUGGCAACACACAGAAUGUUCUGGUUGAUGGUGUCAAGAAACUCUCAGUUUGUGUUCAUGACAAAGGAAAAGAGGAUUCUGAUACUCCAGUUACAAAAGAUGAGAGCACCUCCAUGUCACAGGACCCAAGAGCUUUACCAGAGAAGUCGCUGCAAAGAUCAGCAAAGGUGGUUUACAUCUUGGAGAAAAAACAUUCCCGGGCAGCAACUGGCUUUCUCAAACUCUUGGCUGAUAAGAACAGUGAACUGUUUAGGAAAUAUGCCCUAUUUUCUCCCUCGGACCACCGAGUGCCUAGAAUUUAUGUGCCUCUCAAGGACUGUCCCCAGGACUUUGUGACCCGGCCUAAAGAUUAUGCCAACACACUGUUCAUCUGCCGCAUCGUGGACUGGAAGGAGGACAGCAAUUUUGCCCUGGGGCAGCUGGCUAAGAGUCUUGGGCAGGCUGGUGAAAUCGAGCCUGAAACAGAAGGAAUACUAACAGAGUAUGGUGUGGAUUUCUCUGAUUUCUCCUCGGAAGUUCUAGAUUGUCUCCCUCAAGGCCUGCCCUGGACAAUCCCACCAGAAGAAUUCAGCAAGAGAAGAGAUUUAAGGAAAGACUGUAUCUUCACCAUUGACCCAUCAACUGCCCGCGACCUCGAUGAUGCCCUCUCCUGCAAGCCACUUGCUGAUGGCAACUUUGAAGUGGGGGUUCACAUUGCGGACGUCAGUUACUUUGUUCCCGAGGGAUCCCCCCUGGAUAAAGUGGCUGCUGAGAGAGCAACAAGCGUCUACUUGGUUCAGAAGGUCGUCCCCAUGCUUCCCAGGCUGCUGUGCGAGGAGCUGUGCAGCCUUCAUCCCAUGACCGACAAGCUGACCUUCUCUGUGAUCUGGACGCUAACCCCGGAGGGCAAGAUCCUUCGUGAAUGGUUUGGUCGGACCGUCAUUCGCUCCUGUACCAAACUGAGCUACGAGCAUGCACAGAGCAUGAUUGAAAGCCCAACCGAGAAAAUCCCCGAGAAGGAGCUGCCCCCCAUCUCCCCCGAGCACACCAGUGAGGAGGUACACCGGGCUGUCUUGAAUCUCCACGGAAUCGCAAAGGAGUUACGCAAACAACGGUUUGUGGACGGCGCACUGCGUCUGGAUCAACUAAAACUUGCUUUCACUCUGGAUCAUGAGACUGGACUGCCUCAAGGAUGUCACAUCUAUGAGUACCGUGACAGCAACAAGCUCGUGGAGGAGUUCAUGCUCCUGGCCAACAUGGCCGUGGCCCACAAGACGCACCGCACCUUUCCUGAGCGCACCCUGCUGCGUCGGCACCCCCCGCCCCAGACCAAGAUGCUCAAUGACCUUGUGGAAUUCUGCGAGCAGAUGGGGCUGCCCAUGGACUUCAGCUCUGCCGGGGCCCUCAAUAAAAGUCUGACCGAAACAUUUGGAGAUGACAAGUACUCACUGGCCCGGAAGGAGGUGCUCACCAACAUGUGCUCCCGGCCCAUGCAGAUGGCACUGUACUUCUGCUCGGGGGUGCUGCAGGACCAGACACAGUUCCGGCACUACGCCCUCAACGUGCCGCUCUACACCCACUUCACCUCUCCCAUCCGCCGCUUCGCCGACGUCCUGGUGCACCGCCUCCUGGCCGCCGCACUUGGCUACGGGGAGCUGCCGGACCUGGAGCCCGAGGCCCUGCAAAAGCAGGCCGACCACUGCAAUGACCGCCGCAUGGCUUCCAAGCGUGUCCAGGAGCUCAGCACUGGCCUCUUCUUUGCCAUCCUGGUUAAGGAGAGCGGCCCCCUGGAGUCAGAAGCCAUGGUGCUAGGCGUCCUGAACCAAGCCUUUGACGUGCUGGUGCUGCGCUACGGGGUGCAGAAGCGUGUCUACUGUAACGCACUGCCACUGCAGUCCCACCACUUUCAAAAGGUGGGCAAGAAGCCGGAGCUCACACUCGUCUGGGAGCCUGAGGACACGGAACAGGAGCCAGUGCAGCAGGUCGUGACUAUCUUCAGCCUGGUGGAGGUGGUACUGCAGGCCGAGACCGCCGCCCUCAAGUACAGCGCUCUCCUCAAGCGGCCUGGCACCAACGGCCUCCUGGGCCUGCAGAACAAGGAGGAGCCAGACGCUGGGGGCCCGGAGGCCUGAGGCCUCCCUCCCAGCCGCACCCACCCGCGCCCCUGCCCCACCCACCGGCUUUUAGAAAUAGGACCUUUCGACACCAAAGGGGAUUUUUAAUUUGGUUUUUAACAACUCAGGGUUUUGUUUUUAUUUCCUCAUUCUAUUUUAUUUUUGCAGCUCAGUUUUUAAACAAACUGGAGAGGAGAGGGCAGGGCUGGACGGAAGGCUGAGGCGUGGCUGGUGCUUCACCAGAGUGGAACGGGACCGGUCCUCCUGGGGAGGCCAGUCCUCUUCUGCCAGGCCACCCACUGCCUUCCCUUGUGCAGGAAACCGGGGAUUUUCAGCAAAUCAGUGUCAUGGAAUAAAAUCAAGUGUGAAUUGCUGUCUUGGUGUGUGGGGCACCGCUGGGAGGCCCGAGACAGCAGGGUGCCCCUUGGACCCAGGACAAGGGACCUGGCUUAGGCUCCACCCCUCACAGCUGAGCUGGGAUCGCCACCCUCCAGAACCUUCCAGGAUGAUUCACAGAGCUGGCCACAUGUCAGAUUGAUGCCCGUGCCACAUUCUGGCUGAUUAGAAAUGUAAUUAGUAUGCAAGACAGCAAGCUCACCCAUCACCCUGCAGCAAGUGACUGUCCAUCCCCACCCCCACCACCUCCUCUCUGCCUGCUGGCCUCAGGAGGGGCACUACGGGUCCUGUGGCACUCCCUCUCUCGGGUCCUAGGCCAGAGCUCUGAGUAGCCCCAUCCACACCCCUUGGUUCAAGCUGUUACCUCAGCCCCUUCAGUGCCAAUCCUGUACCCUGGUAGCGCUGAGGGAGUAGGGGGACAGAGGGGACCUGGGCCUGCCAGAGACAAGGAAGGCCCUCAAACUGGUGUUCCUGACCAGGGACGGGAAAAGGGGUGCCUGGUGUCCCUAACCUUGCCUCGUCACUUGCCUGGCAUCAUCCUGAGCACCCAGCAAUUGCACCAUCCCUGGGGACCCAGGGGCAGAGAUGGAGGGCCACUGGGCCGUGCUCGCUUCCCAGCUGGCCUGACCACAGCCUGCGCUCCUAUCCCACCUAACUAGGGAACCUAAGGUUGGCUUCCCCAAGGACUGCCAGAAACCAGGGUGAAACCCAUGGUGACCCCGGCCCUGGUUCCACCGUGCUGUGUCCUUGGGUGUCAGUAUUAAUGAGCCCAUUUGAUCUGGUUGCAAUGAAUUCUCUUCAAAGAAAAAUUCAGUACAGUACCUUGUAGGAGGGCCUUGCGGGGACCAGAGGACCUAUGGCAUGGCUGCCUUUGUCCACCACGGGCAGGCCGUGGCUCAUCAUCUCCCAGCCCUGGGUGGGUGUCUGAGGGGAAUGGAGGACACGCCACCCUCCUGCCUCCCGUGCCUUUCUCCUCUAGCACAUCAGCCAGCCUUCCACGUGUCCAUCGUGCCACCCCCAAGAUGUCUCUGAGGCUACCACCCCCUCUGUUCCUGUCCCCAGAGCCUUCUCCUGCAACCAAGGAUCUGAAGGGAAGAUAGGUGAGAGGGUCUGGUGGUUUGGUAUUUGGAUGAGGAGAAGAUUUCUGGGUGUUUCCUGUCCUAGGCAGCCCGACAGAGCCCAAGGGCAGGACACCUCAACACUGUCCCUGUCCCCUUGACUGCCCCACCCUCUGAGGAGAUGCUGCCCCGUUCUGCCCUGGGGCUGUCCCCUGCUGGCCUCCCACAGAGCCUGGGAGCUGAGGGUGAGCAGAGACCCCGCUGAGUGACAGCCAUCAGGAGGCCGUGUGUCAGAGUGCCUGGGCUCCCCCUUGAACAGCAUGAACUCAGACCGGCCCCCGGUCCUUCCUGCCCCAGUGCCCCCUGAGCCCUGGUGAGGCAAUGCCAGCUCGGUCAGCAAGGAACAUCUUUGCCACCAGGACUUGCUUGGGCACAGGUGAGUCUCGCUCUGUGGCACCCGAGAGCCGUGGGGGCCAUGGACCCCCAGCCCCCCUCCGCUUCAUUUGACAGAAGUGGACACUGCACCCAGAAAGGAGGCAGGUCUCUGGCCAAGGUGACCCAGCAAGACGCCCAGCCAGUACCGGGCUCAGGCACCUGCUUUCCCCUGCACCCCCUGCCCAAGGGAGGCGGCCCAGCACUGUCCACGAGGUAGCUGGGUCCGUCUUCAUCCCCUCUCCCAGCACACCCGGCUCUGGCGGAGGUCCACUGAGGGAGCCAGUCCCUUCUGUGUCCCCACGUGAUGGAACUAUUGACAAAAGGAUGACGAGACACAAAACCUCAUCAGAAAGGAAGACUCACUCGUCCCUUCUGCCAUCCAGAGCCCCUGCACACAAGUACCAGCGGAAGCCCAGGACCUGGAGCAAGGCUCUGUCUUCCCCAACAGGCCACCUCGGACCGCCGUGGGCAGAGUGAGCUGUAGACACAAGUGAUGUCACUAUGUGACGAAGCUCCAGCGAAGUCCCGAGGCUGGAGGGUGUGUUCCCGGCCCUGAAGGGACAGUGAUCGGAAGAUGUGUGGGUCCCACAGGGGUGAGGGAACUGAGAUUCGAAGGUACUUGUCUAACCAUGAGCUGUGAAGGUCAAGGUCGCUAGGAUCAGAGAGUGCUGAGAGGACCUGCAAGAAGAUGCUGGAAAGGUAGAUUGCGUGGACACUCGGAGCUGGCCGGAGAGCUUGCACUCCAUCUGAGGGCCGUGCAGAACCACUGAAGGUUUCUAACCAGGGCUGUGCUGGCUACAGCCUCCGGUCCUUCACUCCUUUACCCAACAGGGAGGGGCCGAGAUGCUCCGUGUUCUUGGGGCUGCUGUCCGGGGCGGGGGGCAGGGGGGUGUCACUAGUGCGGCAGGCAGUGGCGAUGGCAUGACAGUGAAGCGGGGGGGGGGGCAGUCCCGUGGGGGCAGGCCCUCAGGGAGCAGCCUGGUGGCUGUUUACAGGCCCGGGCCCUGAGGCCCAGUGCUGUCCGGGUGGUGGAGGGGACGGGAGGCUACAGCGCAGGUGCAGAGUGAGCCAGGAGAACCAGCACGCUGGGGCGGUGAGGACUUUCCUUGCUGGGGAGAACAGAUGAGGGGUGCAAGCCAGCGUCCCCAGGCUUCGUGCUGAGAACAGCCCCAGGGGCUUGGCACAGGGGCAGGGGCCGGGAGUGGAAUGUGUGGGGCGCCAACAGCAGGGGUGGUGGGCAGUUGGUGGAUGUGGGAAUGCCGUGCUGGGCCCUGAGGUGCAGGGGAGAGCGGUGCUCUCUGGGGUGUCCUCAGCACACAGCCCAAAUUAAAAGCCUGAGAAGGCUCAGGACUGAAAACUGGAUCAGGAAGAUGAGAAGGAGCUGGUACAAGGAGCCUGGGAAGGAGGAGCCAGAGAGAGAGUGGUCCUGAGGCUUCAGGAGGACUCCUGUCUUUUGAUUAUAUGGGAAAGAAACGCAGUGCAAAGUGACUCUGGGAGGAAGCGAACUGAUAGGAAGACUGAACAGAACUACCAGAGGAGGGCGGGAGAGCCCACCUUGGGGGAGGCAGGGAGGCACCAUGCUUCCAGGUCACCUGGGGUGGCCGGGGACCCCUUCUCUGUUUCUGCUUCAUUUCCUCCUGGUGUAGAUCACUUCCUCCAUGCGGACCUUCUGGAAGCGUCUGCCUUCUGUAUCUUGCAGCCCACCCUCCUAGAGAGAGACUGACACCCACUCCCAGCUCUAGUUAGAGAGACCCCAGGAAAGAAUGGGGCAGCUGCCCAGUCCUGGUCCGUCAGAGAGCUGUCGUGGUACAGAAUGGUAGCUCCUAGGGUCCCUGGCAGUUGGGAGGGAUGGGCAAGAAGCUGGGGAGCAGGUCCCAGGAAGAGGCUAGGCCACCAGGGAGACACAGCAUCAGAUGGCCACUGUGGCUGCUGCGAGCGCAGAGCAGUGACAGGGCACAAGGCGGGAAGCUGGAGGCCAGGUUGGUGGGGCUGUGACAAUCCAGGCAAGAUGAAGGCCUGAGAGGGAGCAGAUCCAAGAUGUCAGAAGAGAGCUGGCAUGGGCAGGUGCUCGAGUCACAGGCAAGGAUGGGCUCUGGGCAGAGGAGGCAGAGAGGAGUGCUGGUGGCUGCGGUGGGGGGGGCGUGGGCGGGGCAUGGAAAGGACGUGAUAGAGGAAGGGUGGGGACAGCGAAGGCCGGAGUUUGGACUCCUUCUGGGAGCGAGAGAGCCUCACAUGCUGCUGCUGGGAGUUGAGAGCACGAGGCAGAGUCAUGCAGUGGGUUAGGACUGCACAGGUGGUGGGGAGUCAGUGCCUGUCAGCAGAGGAAUGGAUAAAAAACGUAUUACAUGCACACGACGGAGUAUUGUCCAGCCGCGAAAAAGGACAUCUGGCUAGUUGUGGAAACAUAGAUGAAUCUGGAGGACGUUCUGCUAAGUGAAAUGAGCCAGGCAUGUUCUCACUUAUGUGUGGAGUCUAAAAGAA